ACGUCACCUCCUCGUUCCUCUCGACUCUCAGCGGCUGGUCUUCGCCUCCGCUUCCGUACACUUGAUGAAGGCCGCCUUCACCUUCCGCCAUGAGAAGCCGCGUCCCCCUCGCAACGCCACCGCUCUCCUCCUCGUUUCUCUCGUUGAUCCACCGCUGCUCCACCCUCAAGCACGCUCAGGCGUUCCACGCCCGCUUCAUCUCCCUCGGCCUCGUCCGCUUCGCCUACGUCACCAGCCGCCUCCUCGCCCUCUACGCUCUCCACGACACUGACUGCGCCCAUCAACUUUUCCAGCGCAUCCGCCAUCCCACCGUCUUCGACUGGAACGCCGUCAUCCGCUCCUACUCCACCAGCCCCUACCCCCACCGCGCCCUCGCCUCCUACGUCCGCAUGCGCCGCCGCGACGUCGGCCCCAACUCCCGUACCUUCCCCUUCGUCGUCAAGUCCUGCGCGGCCCUCUCCGUCCUCUCCCAACUCCACGGCCAGCUCUUCCGAUUCGGCUUCCACCUCGAUGUCUUCGUCACCAGCUCGCUUGUGAGCACCUACUCCAGUUUAGGCUCCGUCGAUAUCGCCGCCAAGGUGUUCGACGAAAGUCCUAACCCAAAUGUGGUCUCCUGGACCAGCCUCGUGAGCGGCUACUCCACCCACGGAAUGGUGGACAAGGCACGCAGCGUGUUCGAUCAAAUGCCGGAGAGGAACCCCGUCUCAUGGAGCGCCAUGAUCGCGGGCUACGUCCGCAACGAACGCCACCGAGAGGCGAUCCAAUUGUUCCGCGAGCUGAAGCGGCGUGCGAUUGCAGAGAUAAGCGACGCUGUUCUCGUGAGCACUCUGAACGCUUGUGCGAGUCUCGGGGAGUACGAGGAGGGCAGAUGGAUCCAUUCCUUCAUCGAAAUGAACGGGACGAAGCACCAGUACGAGCUUGAGCUGGGGACUGCUCUGGUGGAUUUCUAUUCCAAAUGUGGCUUCGUGGACAGCGCGCGAGAGGUGUUCGACAGAAUUCCUCACAGGGAUGUGGCCGCCUGGAGCGCUAUGAUCAUGGGCCUGGCACUAAACGGAGACUGCCUCUCGGCGAUCGCUGCCUUUUCAGAUAUGAUAUCGCGAGGAGUGAAGCCGAACGCGAUCACCUUCGUCGGCGUCCUGACGGCCUGCGGCCACGGCGGGCUGGUCGACGAAGGGCGGAAGCUUUUCAGGGACAUGGCGGCGGUGUACGGCGUGCGGCCAACGGUCGCGCACCUUGGGUGCAUGGUGGACUUGCUGAGCCGAGCGGGGCACACGGCGGAGGCGGAGAGGCUGGUCGAGGCCGUGCCGGCGGAGGCGGAUGGGGCGGUUUGGGGGGCGCUUCUCAGCGGGUGCUUGAUGCACGGGGACUACGAGCGCGGAGAGCGAGCCGGGAGGCGGGUGGUGGAGUUGGAGCCUAUGAAGAGCGGAAGGCGCGUGGGGCUGGCGAAUGUGUACGCUUCGAUGAGAAGGUGGGACGGAGUCGAACAGGUGAGGAGGGAGAUGAGGGCGCGACGAGUGAGCGCCGCCAUCGCUCGGAGCUCCGUCGAGGUCAGUGGAGUUGGCCAAAGGUUCGUGGCUGAUGUGUUUACGUGAGUAAAAAAGGAGGAAAAAGACAAAAAAGAAGGGCUCCAGCGCCUCGUUCUCCACCAGUCUACGCGGCACCUUCCAUCCUCCGACGCCGCGAGCGGCGGCCCGGUGAGGUAGACAAUCUUUGCCCGCCUAGGGCUUCGAGGGUUCCGGCGAUGGCUCCGCUACACGAACGGGAGGCCACGGCUCGAGAAGCGAGCGAGAUGGAGAGGCCAACCUUUACGAAAGUUUUGACGACCGCCGUACGAGUGGUCCUGAGGCGGCGCGGGGAUCCGACGGCAGAAAUGCGGGCGUGAUCGUAGUUGGCGGAGGAAUGAGGAAGUUGCAGGUGUUGAUCCGUGCGAAAAAUUGUAGGGAAUCCAGCAAAGGGGGAAAAGGUAGGUAAGUUGCCGCACGGCGUGUUGAGAUUGUUCGGCAGCAAAGAUGCGGCACUCGGAUCUGCUCCAAUGGAUGGGAAAAAUAAUAUCUUUUUUCUCCACUAAUAAAUAAUGUGCAAAGGCUCCGCUUUGGUUCCUCCCUCUGCAAGGCUUCUUCCUCCGCUCGCAUCUCGGGCGCCUCUCUGCUAGCUUCCAUGGCGUCCCUGAGUGGAUCUGGCGGGAAGAUCCUCCGCGACCGGCCAAGAGACCAGCCGCCGCGGCCUUCCCCCUACGCGCGCUCUCCUCCGCUCGCUCUCCCGCCCCCUCCGCCUCCCGCUGGGAGCCCUAGGUGGCUCAUCGGCCUUGUAUCCGGCGCCGGGAAGCUAAUCUCCUCCGUGUUCCGCGCCGAUAGCAGCGUCCCCGACUCUUCAGAUUAUUCCUCGGACCAAGACCGCAGCAGCUCUCGCUCCGAUGAACAGAAUAUCGAUGCACCUAAACAGCUUCAUGGAUCUAGUCGAG